GCGUGCUGGGGGGCCGCUGGCACCGAGCGGCGGCGGCGGCGGCGGCAAGAAAAGAGCCGCGUCAGGGGAGGCUGGUCUGUCCCUUGAGGUGCUGCUGUCCUGCGUUGGAAACAGGGACGAAGCUGGGGUGUGUGUGCGUUUGAGGGGGGAGGAAAUAAAAAGGAGCGUGAGGCGGCGGCGGCGGCGGCGGACCGUCUGGGCUCGGGAAACGAAGCCCUGAGGAAGGAAAAAGGGUGGAAAUCAGUAACGAGUGUUGGAGAAACCUCAUGCAUUAACUAUGUCCAGGAGGAAGUCGGAGAGCAAGUGUCCCCCAGGCUUGUUGCCUACAUCUCUUCAGACACAAAUAAAAACGGAUAACUUUUACAGUUUCUAUGAAGUUGAAUCCAAAGAGUUGGGAAGAGGAAAAUUUGCUGUGGUGAGAAAAUGUAUUGCAAAAUCUACAGGCCAUGAAUAUGCUGCUAAGUUUCUGAAGAAGAGAAGAAGAGGCCAAGAUUGCAAAGCAGAGAUCCUACAUGAAAUUGCUGUUCUAGAAUUAACAAAGCCGAGUCCCCGUGUGGUAAAUCUCCAUGAAGUCUACGAAACAAUAAAUGAAAUCAUUCUGGUAUUGGAAUAUGCUGCUGGAGGAGAAAUCUUUAAUUUAUGUCUCCCUGACCUAGAAGAAGCAAUAGAUGAAACUGAUAUUGUUAGACUUAUACGACAAAUACUUGAGGGCAUUUGUCAUCUGCAUCAGAACAACAUUGUUCAUCUUGAUUUAAAGCCCCAGAAUAUUUUAUUGAGUAGUAUAUGUCCCCUUGGCGAUAUAAAAAUUGUUGACUUUGGCAUGUCUCGGAAGAUUGUCAAUUGCAUUGAACUAAGGGAAAUUGUUGGGACUCCCGAGUAUCAAGCACCAGAAGUCUUAAAUUAUGAACCUAUUACUCCAGCAACAGAUAUAUGGAGUUUGGGUGUGAUCUCUUAUAUGCUGCUUACACACGAAUCUCCUUUUGUGGGAGCCGACAAACAAGAAACGUACCUCAAUAUUUCUCAAGUAAACGUGGAUUAUUCAGAAGAAACAUUUGCUUCAGUUUCACCAUUGGCCAGAGACUUCAUUCAAAUGCUACUUGUUAAAAAUCCUGAAGAGCGACCAACAGCAGAGGCCUGUCUGUCUCACUCCUGGCUUCAGCGAAGAGAUUUCUUCUUGUUGUACAGCCCUGAAGAAAGCCCCAGUUCUUCUCCAACUCAUGAUCAUAUGAAUAAGUGCACAGAAGAAAGAAAUACUAAUAAGUGCAUGUGUAAUGGAAUGUGCAGCGAGCGAGAGGAUAAAGAGAAUAUUCCAGAAGACAGCAGUACAGUCUCCAAACGGUUCCGCUUUGAUGAUUCUCUCCAGUACCCCCAAGAAUUCACAACAGACUUUGUAUGCUAACAGAUGCACUCCUGAAUGCUAUUUUGAACUGAAUUUAGGAUUCUGAUCUACUCCUGUGGCACAUGCUUUAAGAUUAUGGCUUGUCCACUAUUGCAUUUUGGUUAUCCAAGAAAUGCACUUUCAGCUGAUGUUGUGUUGGCCCUUCUUUGUGCUACCAUUGCUGGCAAUGGGUUUGACUCCUGGGAAACUGGAGUCCUGGCACCUGAAGUGGAUUGUCUUUGGAGGCAGACAAGUAACUGAGUAUUUUUUGCACUUUUACAUUUGAAAUCCAAAUAAGGGAUUUUGGUGUGUCGAUAAAUAGAAUAGGCAAACUGGGAAAAGGAUUUUUUGAAUGUUAGCCAACAGUCAGCCUUGUUAAAACACACCAUAACCAUGUUCUAAGCCAAAGAGUGAUGUAAAAAUACAUAUGCAGUUGCAUUGUUAAUAAAGCUACAUGAAGUUGA